AUGGAACCAAGGAGAAGCGAAAUGGCCGCGGAAAAUAAGAAAUUCUUCGUGGACAUUAUGUUAGAAGAGGUUCUAGAAGGAAAUUGUGUUGGUGGCAAAUUCACACAUCAACAGUGGGUGCAAAUGACCGAAAAACUUAAUACUACUUGCCCGAGGAAAUAUCAGUACAACAUAAAGCAAGUGGAAAGUAAGUACAAACGUUUGAAAACGAAUUGGACGCGAUUUUACAACGUAAAGAAUAAUGCAAUGGGGUUAGGUUGGGAUUCUGUGCGCGGUGUCAUCUAUAGCGAUGAAGAUGCUUGGAAAAAUUGGACCGAUAGAAAUGAUCAGGAUCGUGAUCUUAAGAAGAAGUCUUGCUUACACUAUGAAGAAUUAACGACCAUAUUCUUUGGUUCGACCGCAACUGGCCGCUACGCACGGGCGUCGACUCAGCGAGGAGAUGUAUACGCAAGCAUGGGAGGGCACAAAGAAAGUGGAGUCCGUCAAAGACAUAGUUACACACUAGCUAGCCUGAAGAAGGAACAACCAGACCAAAAGGAGCAGAAGGAGGCCCUUCUUCUACUUGAUGCUAUGGAGCUUCCCGACCAUGUCUACAAGGCCGAUUUGAAGACGCUGCGUGACGCGAUGGCCAAUCAUAUGUUUCUUAAUGUGGCGAACGACCAGAAACGACACUUGCUUUUGGAGGUUUGGGUUGAGGAAGAUUCUAGAAACCGUUGA